AUGGAGUCCAUCUUUCACGAGAAACAGCCUUCUGGAAACAUGGAUGACAGUGGUUUUUUCUCUAUCCAGGUUAUAAGCAAUGCCUUGAAAGUUUGGGGUUUAGAACUAAUCCUGUUCAACAGUCCAGAGUAUCAGAGGCUCAGGAUCGACCCUAUAAAUGAAAGAUCAUUUAUAUGCAAUUAUAAAGAACACUGGUUUACAGUUAGAAAAUUAGGAAAACAGUGGUUUAACUUGAAUUCUCUCUUGACGGGUCCAGAGUUAAUAUCAGACACAUACCUUGCACUUUUCUUGGCUCAAUUACAACAGGAAGGCUAUUCUAUAUUUGUUGUUAAGGGUGAUCUGCCCGAUUGUGAAGCUGACCAACUUCUGCAGAUGAUCAGAGUCCAACAGAUGCAGCGACCAAAGCUUAUCGGAGAAGAAUUAGCACAACUGAAAGAUCAGAGAGUCCAGAAAACAGACCUGCAACGAGUCUUGGAAGCAAACGACAGUCCGGGAAUGUUAGAUGAAGACGAGGAGGAUUUGCAGAGGGCUCUGGCACUAAGUCGCCAUGAAAUUGACAUGGAAGAUGAAGAAGCCGAUCUCCGCAGGGCUAUUCAGCUCAGUAUGCAAGGUAGUUCCAGAAAUAUAUCGCAAGACACCCCACAGACAUCAGGUAUAAACCUUAGUUCAGAAGAGUUGCGGAAGAGAAGAGAAGCCUACUUUGAAAAGCAGCAACAGCAGCAGCAGGUGGACCCACCGGGACCAGCACCACGUCCAUGUGAAAGGCCGACCACAAGUUCAGGAGCUCUGGGGACUGACCUAAGUGAUACUAUGAGUGAAGAAGAUAUGCUUCAGGCGGCUGUGACCAUGUCUUUAGAAACUGUUAGAAAUAAUUUCAAGACAGAAGGAGAAAAAUAA